CGACUCUUGACUCCUCCAAAAUCCCACCGAGGUGAGAGAGAGCGAGAGAGAGAAGAGAGAGAGAGAGAGAAAGCGCGGGGAAGAGUUGUUUCGAGGGUGAGCAGAUGAAGCACAUUUUCAAGAAGCUUCACAUAGGCCACAACCACGACCCGAACCGAUCCAACGAGCCCCCCGCGCCCGCCCAAUCGCCGACAACCACUCCCACAUCCGAUCAGCGCCCCCCAGCCGGCCAGGGCGCCGGGAAUGCUCCGGGGAGCCCUUCUGGCUCUCCGGGCCCCACGGCGGCGGUGGUGGCGGACGAUCGGCCCGGGGAUUACAUAACGUCGGAGGAGGAGUUCCAGAUGCAGCUGGCGCUCGCGAUCAGCGCGUCCAACUCGGAUUUCCGUGGGGAGGAUCCGGAGAACGACCAGAUCCGUGCCGCGACUUGGUUGAGCUUGGGCGGACAUGGGAGGGGCGAUGCGACGAGGAAGAAGGAUGAGGUCUCGGCGGAGACGCAGUCCAGGCAGUACUGGGAAUAUAAUGUGAUUGAUUAUCAGGAGAAAGUGGUGGAUGGAUUUUAUGAUGUCUAUGGCAUCUCCACUGACUCAAGACUUCAGGGGAAAAUGCCAUCUCUUACUGAUCUGGAGACUAACCCUGGGAGUUCUGGCUUUGAAGCUAUAAUAGUUAAUUGCAGAAUUGAUCAUGCUCUUGAAGAGUUGAUGCAAAUCGCGCACUGUAUAGGAUUGGACUGUCCUGCUACUGAGGUUACUAUUUUGGUUCAAAGGCUUGCUGAACUGGUAACAGAACAUAUGGGUGGCCCAGUGAAGGAUGCUAAUAUUAUGUGGGCUAGGUGGAUGGAGAGAAGCACAGAGUUGAGGACAUCUCUUCAGACAAGUGUGUUGCCAAUUGGGUCCAUAAAUGUUGGCCUUUCAAGACAUCGUGCUUUGCUUUUCAAGGUGUUAGCAGACAGUAUAAAUUUGGCUUGCCGACUGGUCAAAGGUAGCCAUUACACUGGCGUGGAGGAUGAUGCUGUAAACUUGAUAAAGUUGGACGAUGAAAGGGAGUUUCUGGUUGAUCUCAUGGCUGCUCCUGGGACGCUUGUACCAGCUGAUUUUUUCAGUGUCAAAAAAAUUAGUAAACUGCCAUCUUUUCAAUCAUUUAAUGACUUGGGAGUUGUUCAGUCAAGGCCAAAGCCUGUAGGUGGUGAGGGAAGCAGUCAAAAUUCAAUGAUGGAGCGUGAUUAUCGUGUAGAUAGAAAAUCAAGCUCUAAAACGUCAGAAUCCUUCCCCUCUUUCCCAUUUGAUAGUCAUGAUCCUGGUGUUGGUUCUUCCAGAGUAUCUGGUGGUACAGCUCAACAGUUGAAUGUCAAUGUGCUCCCACAGAGCAAAAAUAGCUCAGAGGACCCCACAAAUCUUUUUGCAGAUCUCAAUCCUUUUGCAAUUACAGGCUUUAGCAAAGAGCCAAAGGGAGGCAACAGCACAGAUAUCAAAAUCAAUGAGAUGCCGAGACAGAAAAAUAACCCAGUUCCUGUUCGGCCUCCUGUCCCAUUUUUGCCAAAAAACCGACAUCCUCUCAAUGAAGUUCCAAGAAAGAAAGAAUAUGGUGUUAAGGAAGGUCUGUUCCGAAGAAGUAAUCGCGAACCUAAUCCUUAUGAUGUGUCAUCAUCCAUUGGCAGCUCGACAAUUGAUAAAGUCAAUCCUGACAGUUUUAAGUUACCUAACAAUUUGAAUCAGUCAACUCAAGAGAGUAACGGCGCCAAGUUGUCAAACAAUUCAAAUCAGUUGGUCAAACAGAGCAGCCACUUGAAUCCUUUCAGUGAUAAUAGCCCAAUGUUGGGAUUUAGCACAGGCCAGUUUGAUAUGAUGCCUCGUGAAGAGCGCUUGAAUGCCCAAGUCAGGGAAGACCCUCUUAGGAGACUGGAGAAUUUGCAAGAUGGCGUAGCAGACUCUCAAAGAGGACGCGAUAGACAUGAAAUUGGUUUUCUUGAUCCAAAAAAGUGCGCUAAUGACAGAUUCAUGGAUACGAACUUCAUGUUGAAGGAUUCAGAAAGCCCAAGCUCAUCAAUCGAUAGUAAUACAAAUAGGGUUGAUCAAGUGCUUGAUGAUGUUGAUGUUGGUGAUGAGAUUCAAUGGGAGCAUUUGGUCAUUGGUGAAAGAAUUGGACUAGGCUCUUAUGGAGAGGUCUAUAAUGCUGACUGGAAUGGCACGGAGGUGGCUGUGAAGAAAUUUUUGGAUCAGGAUUUCUCAGGUGCUGCUUUGGAUGAGUUCAGACGAGAAGUGCGGAUAAUGCGUAGACUGCGUCAUCCAAAUGUUGUUCUUUUCAUGGGUGCCGUGACCCGUCCUCCACAUCUGUCUAUCAUUACCGAGUUUCUUCCAAGGGGAAGCUUGUACAGAAUUAUACAUCGUCCUAACUGUCAAAUUGAUGAGAAACGUAGGAUAAAAAUGGCCCUUGAUGUGGCAAGGGGAAUGAAUUGCUUGCACACUAGCGUCCCAACAAUAGUUCAUCGAGAUUUGAAAUCACCAAAUCUCCUCGUUGACAAAAACUGGAAUGUCAAAGUCUGUGAUUUUGGGUUGUCACGCUUGAAGCACAAUACUUUCUUGUCAUCCAAGUCAACUGCUGGAACGCCUGAGUGGAUGGCACCAGAAGUUCUCCGCAAUGAACCAUCGAAUGAAAAAUGUGACGUCUAUAGUUUUGGGGUCAUUCUUUGGGAGCUUGCCACAUUGAGAUUGCCUUGGACUGGGAUGAACCCAAUGCAAGUUGUAGGUGCCGUAGGUUUUCAAAAUCGCCGCCUCGAGAUCCCCAAAGAAGUUGAUCCCGUGGUUGGAAAGAUCAUUUGGGAAUGUUGGCUGACGGAACCAAACUUGCGGCCCUCUUUUGCAGAGCUCGCUGGAGCUCUCAAGUCCUUGCAGCGGCUUAUGAUUCCUUCUCACCUGGACCAACCAAAUGGACAUCUGGCGCGGGACCAGCCAAACUCUUCUCGUCCCCUGGAGAUUCAAGUAAAUUCAACACCUUGAAACAUCUUCACAGAGUGAAUAGAAAGUUCAUGGCGUCACUUCAUUGGUAUGGUGGCAUUAAUCUAUUCAUGAUAAAUGUAUACUAGAGGAAGAAAGAAGGGAAGCUUUUUAGGAUAAAGGGUUCAUGAUGUACAGUAAUCUUUCUGAUCCUGCAGAGAGAGACUGUGGGGUGUGUUUUGUACAGUUCUGCAUCCACAGUUUCUUUUUGGAGGGAGGGAUUGAGGAUGUGAUGUACAAGUGUAUAUACCUCUUUCAAGACAAAGGGGAAGCUGUUUCUAUGAAGGACAUCUCUUGCAAUAUAAGUUUAUGAUCGAGGUUUGAAUGUAACUGAGGAAUAAUUUGCUCGGCGUGAGUAUGUAUAAAAUGGUUUGCCCGA